CAAUUAUUGGUGCGGCAAGUAUCCUCCGACCGAAUGUUGAGCUGAUUGUCUGCUUUGUUGAGCUGUCUGUAUGCUUUGAGAGUAUUCGGUGGUAGGCGAUGCACGGAGAUAACGGUAUCUUGUCCAAUGGCGCACAGCAUAUAGCUCUUGUAGAGAAUCUGUACACUCAAGGUGAGAUUGAUCAAUCGGUGCUCGCAACCAAGACGUGUGGUGGUGAAUGUCGAUCAUUGGUCCACCCACGCAGCGGAGCAUGUCGUUGGGAUGCAUCAGCUGAAGUACUGGGUUGGCGGCUCUUGAUUGUGAUCAUGUCUGAUCUCAGUUCCCCUCUUUCACAUGAGAUUCCAAGGUGCGUGCAGCUUGCGUCUGAUAACACCUGAUAGCGGUUUGAUGUCCUCGCAGAGCGUGGGCAACGGGCAUAACUUAAGAUCUUGGGCAUUCAUUGGUAACACGGUGAGUUCCUCCGAGCUGAUGGUCAUCGUUAAUGCUGGUCAUGCAAUAGAGGUGUCAUUGUCAGCAUGUAGAUUGGGGGAAAUGAACACUCGGUCAGCAAAUGACCGCCGCAGCUCGCCACUCAGGAACGGAGAGCUGAAGCCUCGGUGGCGUGACGAAUCAUCCAAUCGACGCACGGCACUAGCGGCACAUCAGACUUGGGGAGCUUUGCAAAGAUCCCGGAUGCUUUUCGCCGCGAGAUCCAGCAGCGUCGAAAUUCCCACCGCAACUGAUGCCCGGUAUCUCUGUGAGCUUGCGAUCACUGUACAAAGAUCUGAGCAUUCCAAUUUCCAAAUGCCAUGUCUCCACGCCGGAAUGGCCUCGGACGUUGGCUCAAAGCGGGUCGGGACAGACUUGUUACCUGUUCAAUUCGACCUCUAGGCGAGGCCGCAGAGCAAAUCAGCGGAAAAGAACGAGUGGUGGGUGGUGCAAAUAAUUGGCGGUCUGAGAGCCGUGCCCAUG